UCUGUAAGGAAAUAGCCAGAUAGGUCCUGGAGAGCUUAAACCUAACAAUCUGCUCGAGUGUUUAUCAUCAAAAGAUUCUGUCUCCGAUCCUUGUCGCUCUCCACUCACCUGAAGAUCCUUCGAGUUUCUUUUGACCACACUCUUCAAUGGCGGAAGCUGUGUCUGCUCAAACUCCGUCGCUCUCCGAGCAAUAUCAUUUGGAGAAAGAAGUGAAGCAAGACACAACUGCAAAGCCUGUGGAAGUGAAAGAGGUGGCACCAGAAGUUACUACUCAAGCUGAAGAAGUUAGCAGCAAGGACGAAGCCAAAGAAGAAUCUCCUGUUGAGGAAGCGGUUUCUGCUGUUGAAGAGAAGUCUGAGUCUCCUGCUUCCACAGAAGCGACUUCUGAAGAGGUUCCAGCUGCGCCUGAAGACAACGCUGAAGAGGCUCCAGCUGCGGCUGAAGAAAGUAAUGACGAAAACACUAGUGAAGAAGUUGCUGAGGAAACUCCGGAUGAGAUCAAGCUUGAGACAGCUCCUGCUGAUUUCCGUUUCCCGACGACAAACCAAACUAGGCAUUGUUUCACACGUUACAUUGAAUAUCACAGAUGUGUAGCUGCUAAGGGUGACGAAGCUCCAGAAUGCGAUAAGUUUGCAAAGUUUUAUCGAUCUCUUUGCCCCAGCGAAUGGGUUGAUAGUGACGAGCAGAGAGAGAACGGAACUUUCCCUGGUCCUCUUUAAGACUGCUGCCUGAAGAAGAAGAAUCAUAUGCCCAUCAUCCUCUUUUGCUGUUACCUUCAUGGUUUCGCCCGAAUUACACUGCAGAGUUUAAUAAGAUUUUACAAAACCAGCACUUCUGGUUCCCCAUCAUAAAUAUGUGAGAAUUUAACAAAACUUAUAAUCUCAAAUUUUUCCUUUUAAUAUUAAUGCUCAACUCAAGUUUUGAGGAUCAUCCGAUUCUGAAAUGUUGUUCUUCCUGAUUAUAUGCUUUUCCAUGGCGAGCUUCAAUUUUUAGCA